AGGCUCAAGCCGUUUUGGCGCGCGCGAUUCAGCCUUGAGCCGUCGAGUGCCCCUAGGCUUGGGCGUUUGCAGGGGCGCCCGCCAUGCUGGCAUACAUGGCCCCAGCCCGCGUGGCGCGGGCCAGCGAUCCAGCCGCCCGCGCCGCACGGGAGAGAGCCGCCGCAGAGUGGAAACGAGCCGAGGCAGAGAGACUCGGGAUACCUUGGCCCCGCCCGCGGGUGCACAAGCGCGUUGGGCGCCCCAGCAGGCAGGAGCAUUUCCACGAUGCAAUUUAUUUUGCGUUGGGGAAACAGUCUCUCCCUGAAGGCCUGGAGACCGCUGAUGUGCCUGGCUGGUGGGAGCGAGGCAUGGGCCUGGUUCGAACUGUCGCCGUUGCGACGGAGGACAUGCAACAGGCGGCCCUUGGCGGCCCUCGCCAGGGUGACGUCGAGGCGGAUCCCUGGCAGUUGCUGGAGAUGCCAGGGGAAGGCCGCGAGGGCAGCCACGCUAGCGAACGCGGACAUGCAGAGGAGGAGGGGGGUGCCCUGGCAGGCGGAGGCGACAUGGAGACACCCCCCAAGAAGAAACGUAAGCAGAAGGUGCUGGUGCCAGACGAGGCUAAGGCGUGGUUCCUGGAGUACGUCGAGUACCAGAAGAAAAGGUACGACUGGUCAAUGGCGAGGUCGCUGCGCAUGGCCAAGGAGCUGGCGCCCGACAUCUUCCGAUAUGUCCAGAAAGACACCCCUUUCCGGUGGGGCGAGAAGCGUAGCGUGGCGAAUACGAUGAAUGGGAAGUUGUCCGACGUCGCCCUCACGAAGCUGGCGGAGAUUGCCCAUGCUACCGCGGUUCGCGUCCCCGUGGCGGUGCCAGUCUAUAGGCAGAUUUUCAUUGAACAACUUCGAGUGAUGGGUAUCGACAUAAAGGUUGAGGACGAAAAGACGGGUUCAUGGGCCCUCGCUGGGUGCGGGAGUUCCUUUGCAGCCUCGGGCUGAAGUGGGGGCAAUGCCAUUCGGGCGGGCGGAAACAGGCGGACAUCGACGCCAUUCCUGAGGCCAGGGAGAACUUUCGAUUGAAGAUCGUGUACAUCCGCCACGCCCACGACAUCGCCGCCGACAGGGUCGUCAACAUCGACCAGACAUCCGCGCGCGUCUUGCCGACGUCAAAACGCGGCUGGAAGGUGAGCGCCGGACCCUCGUACUCAUAAUCUUGUUUGAUGCUUCCUCGACGGACAUGAUGAAGCGGCGUCCGAGUUGCUGUUCUGCCAGGUGGUCUCCGCGAUGUGUGGCGUCGUGCGGCGUGCUGCCGCCCCGUCCACGGUUUGGGACCCGCGGGCCGCGCCCCCGGAGAGUGCAGCCGGCCCCGCGGCCAGCAUCGCUGUAGCAACUCCGUGGGGUGGUGACUCGGCCCCCACAGCGCAGCCAUGCA